CUGUCCUGGGAACUGGUUGAACCAGAGUACAACCUGCUCAUCUGCCUCUGGCGGAGCAGCUGCAGAGCUGAGACGUGCCCAGUUGCGAGCAGAGCAGCAGAGCCAAGGCUUGGGAGGCUAGGCUGGCGCGCUGCGCUGCGGGGCGCUGCUGAGGGCGAGCAUUGGACCGGCCACCUCCCCGAGGCCCAUGCAGGGGUCAAUACAGCCCGCGGCUCGCUCAUGAGGCCACCGCGGUGCGGGGAGAGGACCCGAGGCAUCCCGCUGGGGCUGCUCGCGUUCUGGGUGACUGCCGCCCGCUGUCUGCAGAGUCAGGGGGUGUCACUGUACAUUCCACAGUCGGCCAUCAACGCCACUGUCCAACAAGAUAUCCUGUUGUCAGUGGACUACCUCUGCCAUGGCGUGCCCACUAUUGAGUGGAAGUACACACCUAACUGGGGUGUGCAGAGGAUCGUGGAGUGGAAACCAGGGGCCCCAGCCAAUGUCUCCCAAAGCCAUAGAGACAGAGUCUGCACCUUUGACAAUGGCUCCAUCCAGCUUCUCAGUGUGGGUGUGAGGGAUUCUGGCUACUACAUCAUCACUGUCACAGAGCACCCUGGGAGCAGCCAGUCUGGCACCAUCUUGCUGCAUGUGUCUGAGAUCCGCUAUGAAGACCUCCACUUCGUUGCUGUCUUCUUUGCUCUGCUUGCUGCCGUGGCUGUGGUGCUAAUCAGCCUCAUGUGGGUUUGCAAUCAGUGUGUGUAUAAAUUCCAAAGGAAGAGGAGGUACAAACUCAAAGAAAGCACCACUGAGGAGAUUGAGAUGAAAGAUGUUGAGUGUUAGCCAAGACUCUGCCCAAUUACAUUGCUACCUCAGAGAAAAACAGUAUUUUCCAGUCGAAGGAACAAACCGAGCCCAUCCUUGCUGCAGCUUCCACACCCCUUUCCCAGUGAGACAGCUGGAAGAUAAAGAAGCUGACUGUGGAACUGGAGGUGAUGGCUAACUUAUAUAAGCCAGUUCUAGGAGUUGCCUGUAGUUCAAAGAAACGUCUGAGGCUUUCAACCAGGAACUUUCCUUGGUUGCAGCUUCAGGGCCAUGCUGACCCUUAACACAGGCAGGCACCAGCUACCACGCUGCUGCAGUCCCACAUUGUCCUGCUGAAGGAGCUCCUGUCUCCAGAGCCAGUGUGUCUGCAGAGGGGCUGAUGUGCAGCUUUCUGUGCCUUUGUGCUCCUGUCUGGUGUGCAAACAGCGGCACCCUCCUCCUCCCCAUUUUACAUCCCACAAACAUGAGCAAGCCUGAGGCUCUGACAGUCUGAUGAGGUAAAGUGAACUGUACCUCACAGGGAGCAGCUGAGUGCACAAAGGGCCCAGCUCUGGCCACAGGGAGCAAAAGACAUCAAUUUCAUCCUCCCUCAUACAAAGUUAACUGAGUAGCCUAAACUAGGGUUACUAGGAGAAAAACAUGGCUUAAGUUGACCAGGGGUAGCUGGAUGGGCAGUACACCAGUAAAAUCUGUAAGGCUUCAUCCAGCUUCAUCCUAUUCAAUCAACAACAUUUCAGGUCUCCAGUCAGAUCCCAGGCAGAGGAACGUGUGCUAUCCACCUACCUCAUAUGGCAUCAGGAGAAACCAGUAUUAGCCUAGAUCUCUCAGAGGGAUUAAGAAAAGCAUGCAAGGGCUGGAGAGAUGGCUGGCUGUUACGGGCUAGGCUCACAAUGAAAAAUAUAAGAAAAGCAUGCAAAUCAUUGAAGGAUCGGGAAAGUUAGUUGAGAAAGUGCAAUAUUGCAUAACAAAGGUUAAAAUGCCCUGGGGUGGAUCAGGAGGGAAGGCUCAGCUCCCACGAGCACUUGCUGUUCUUGCAGAGGACCCUGACUCAAUUCCAUGCACCACAUGGUAUAAAUCCGGUUCCAGAGAAUGCCUCCCUCUUCAGGCACCCAUGGGAAUUGCAUGCACACAGUGCACACAAUAUGUGAAGGCAAAACAUUCAUACAUGUGAAAAAUAAAAGUUAAAAAUUAAA